UUUACAACAAGCUUGAUCAUAGUUCAUCAGCUGAUUGCACAGCAUAACGAGUUAAAUCUGCUUUUCACGCUGCAUUCCAUCUAAUAAAGCAUCAUGUGGUGUCGUAACAUUUUGAGGUCACGUACGAUCUGCAAUAAUCCGGCAAUAUUUACUUAUCUGCAAUGUUUAACGAGUAACAGCUUCAAGAAUGUCACGUUGAAACUUCCAGCGCGACAUUUGGUUGCUUCAAAUACACGUGAAUGUACGAUCGGCGACGUUAUCGAUCAAUGGAGUCACCGAUUCGAGAGCGAAGGCAUACCGGAGCCGGUGGAAUCAAUAGAACACAUAGUAGCACACAUUAUAGGGACCAAGAAGAUAAUAGAUAUCUUGAACGUUAGAAAUGAUCCUCUCAACGCGAGCCAGAUCGAGAAACUGGAGUCGUUAUGCGAAUGUCGGUUGUCUAGGAUGCCAGUUCAAUACAUUAUCGGCGAAUGGGAUUUUCGGGAUAUUACCGUGAAGCUCGUGCCACCGAUUUUCAUUCCUCGUCCGGAAACGGAAAUAUUGGUGGACUUCGUGUUGAAAAGACUAAGUUCAUUGCGAGCUGACAGUUACGAAGUCCUGGAAAUCGGUUGCGGCUCGGGCGCAAUAUCACUGGCUCUCGCUCACGCUUGUAAAAAAAUAAAAUGCACAGCAAUAGACGCGAGUCCGCACGCCUGCGAUUUGACGACGAUAAAUCGGAGUAAAUUGAAUUUAACCGAGCAAGUUGCGGUGAUACAUGCAACUCUAAAAUCGGAUGCAAGUAUCGAAGUUUUAGAUAGUUUACAUGAUGCCAGUGACAUGAGUUUGAAUUCGAGACAGUUCGACUUUGUGGUCAGUAAUCCGCCGUACGUGCCAACAAAGAAGAUACAGGGACUACAGCCUGAGAUAAGGAUUUACGAGGAUCUCAGAGCAUUGGAUGGUGGCGACGAUGGACUGAAAGUGAUUAAACCGCUCUUAAAAUACGCUGCCAAAGUAUUAAAACCCGGUGGAUGUCUCUUUGUGGAGGUUGAUCCUACUCAUCUGGAAUACAUACAAUUUUUUACAAAUAAAUAUACUGACUUGAAGCUCCAACAUGUACAUACGUAUAAAGAUUUUUGUAACAACGAUCGUUUCGUGGAAGUGAUGAAACUCGCUUGAGAAAGCGACUUCUGAUGUUAUAUUUGUCCUUGUUUUACUUUGUAUAUAUAUUUUUUAUAUGGUUUUGUAAAAUAAUUUAAUAAAACAGCUUAAUAAUUAAAAUAGCUUAAUUUGUCACGCAUAUUAGAUCGUACAUAUGUUAUAUAAGUUUAUUGCAUUUUUAUAUAAUUAAGUUACAGCUGUAUUUCUAUGAUGUAUGAAUCAGUCACAAGAAUUUAUCUUAAUGUUUUUAUAAUUUAAUCAGUCAAACUUUUAUGAUUGUAUUGCAUUUGUAUUCUAUAUAUGUAAUCGUUCAAUGAUAUGUACAGUGACUGAUUAAUAAGUUAAAUUCGGUGGCACAAUUUCAAUUUAUAACAACGAAAUUGCUGGCAUGAUUUACUUUUUGUUUCUUAUAAUAUUUAUGAUACGUGUAAAAUGUUUGCUAUAUUAUAAUCCGAAUAAUAGAAAACUUCGACGUCAAGUUAUAAAAUUUUGUGAAAAAGUUUGAUCGAAUAUAUACACUGUUUUUCGACU